AUGAACCACUUCCCCCAAGCAUGGGGACGACCCAGGAACGACGUCUACGGCUCUUACGACCAUUCGUAUCUCCAAACCUCCGCUCCUCAGACACAUACACAGUCACCGAAAGUAACAGGAACAUCAGUAAUCGCCGUCAAGUUCAACGGCGGCGUAGCAAUUGCAACAGAUAAUUUAGCAUCUUACGGUUCCCUCGCCCGGUUCACGGACAUAAAACGCCUACGUUCCUUCGACAAUUCCACCGUCCUUGGUUUUGGCGGCGACGUGUCCGAUAUGCAAUACAUCGACCGCGUCCUAAACUUCCUGAGUAUCGAAGAAAACUACUCAACCUACGGCCAUUCCCUCAACGCGCAGAACCUGCACACCUACUUAUCGAAAAUGAUGUACAGGCGACGGUCGGAAUUCAACCCUCUGUGGAAUGUCAUCCUCGUUGCAGGCUUUGACAGCGAGGAGAAGCCCUUCCUCAGCUCCGUCGAUCUGCUGGGCAACACAUACUCUGCGCCGCAUCUGGCUACGGGAUUCGGAGCGCAUCUGGCCAUCCCAGUAUUGCGGAGGCUGUUUCCGGAGGAGGUCCCACUGGAGAAUGUCCAAGAGGAGCAGGCGGUUAGGUCGCUGAAGGAAUGUAUGAAGGUGUUGUUCUAUCGUGAUGCGAGAAGUACUGAUCGGUACUCGAUUGCAGUGGUGAAGAAGGAUGGAGUGGAGAUGAAGGAAAAUGAACGGUUGGAGGACCAGAGCUGGGCAUUUGCGGAAAGUGUUAUAGGGUAUGGAAGGGCAACUAAUUGA